CCCCACGAUGUUCCUCCCCCCCUUACUCCAUAACUCCAUGACUUUCGUGCUCGCGCUACUAUACACUCCCACUACAAAUCCCUCUCUCGCUCUUUCUUUUCCUGUCCGUCUAGAACGUGUGCCCGCGCGGGGCAAUGUACAUACUAAAAAGAGAAGAUGGCAGACGCUGAGAGAAGGGAAAGACCAUAAGAAACAACUCCCCCCCAUUCCCUCCUCCUACUUAACUUCCUCUUCCCAUUUCACCUUCUUAUAAACCCUAUUAAUUAACUCCCUUCCCUCUCUUCGUCCCAUGUCGUCACAAGGUUGCAUUUUGCAAUUCUCUCAUCGCGCAAGAAGAUCUCCUCUAAAAAUUUAACCAUCCCUGCGCUGGACCAAUCCAAGAUCCUCGUCUCUCAUGCACCGUGCAACGCCUUAAUUAUCAUGUCUUCGCCAAAAUGUGUUGCGUGCUUUCGCCUCGCAACUUCUGCUCCGAAAGCGCAACGAGGGGUAGCAAGAGCCCUCAGGACACAGCAGCAGUGCAGAUGGAACAGCACCUCCUCCUCAUCCUCCUCGAAGCAGGUACCGCCGCCGCCCCGGCCUGAUGCAAGUAAGUCCUGGGAAUGGACUACGGCGAAGAUGCUGUUGCUUGCGCUGGGGACUGGAAUCGCGGCAUACGCUGUCGCGAAGCUCCAGGACCCCUCGCUGCGGGUGGUUGAGUAUGCGCGGGCAGACAAGUUCCACAAACCAAAAUAUGGGAGCGUGAAGGAUAUGGAAGCUGCGAUCGCAGAGGUCAAGGCAGCGUUGAAUGAGGAUGCCGUCAGCGUCGAUGACGACAACCUCCGCGCCCAUGGCUUCUCCGAGUGGUCCUCGAUCAAUGUUGAUACUCUGCCAGUGGCAGUAUUGUAUCCCACCUCUACUGCCGAGGUCUCCGCCAUUGCAAAGAUCUGCCACAAAUACCGCGUUCCUAUGAUUCCAUACUCGGGCGGAUCGAGUCUGGAGGCCAAUUUCUCGGCGCCGUACGGGGGGUUCAGCGUCGACUUCGCGUAUAUGGAUAAGAUCAUUCAGCUUAACAAGGACGAUAUGGAUAUUGUGGUCCAGCCUUCCGUCUCUUGGAUGACUCUUAAUGAGACUAUCGCUGAUUCGAGACUCUUCUUCCCCAUUGACCCCGGACCAUCAGCCAAGAUAGGAGGUAUGGUUGGGACCAACUGCAGUGGUACCAAUGCCGUUCGCUACGGUACUAUGAAAGACUGGGUCAUUAACCUCACCGUCGUCCUGGCAGAUGGAACAGUUGUGAAGACCAAGCGCCGUCCCCGCAAGACCUCGGCUGGAUACAACCUGAACUCCCUAUUCGUUGGCUCCGAAGGAACCCUCGGCAUGGUCACGGAAAUCACCCUCAAGCUCGCGGUAGUUCCCCAAGAAUACUCAGUCGCAGUCGUCACCUUCCCCAGCAUCCGCGCCGCCGCCUCCGCCGCCGCAGGCGUCAUGCGCGCCGGCGUCCCCGUCGCAGCCAUGGAGCUCAUGGACGAGGUCCAGAUGCGCGUUGUGAACAUCAACGGAGCUACCAAGCCCAAAGUCUGGAAAGAGCUACCAACCCUCUUCUUCAAGUUCUCCGGCACCAAGGCAACGGUCAAGGACAACAUCAGCACGGUCAAGGGCAUCGCGAAGCAGCACGGCGGCGGCAACUUCGAGUUUGCAGCCACGCCACAGGAGCAGAAACUCCUCUGGUCGGCGCGUAAGGAGAGUUUGUGGAGCAUGAUGGCUAUGCGUAAGGAGGGCUCGGAAGUGUGGUCCACGGACGUCGCGGUCCCCUUCUCGCGCCUAGCGGAUAUCAUCGAGAUCAGCAAGAAAGAGAUGGAUGACCUCGGCCUCUUCGCGUCCAUCCUAGGCCACAUCGGCGACGGCAAUUUCCACGAGUCCAUCAUGUACGACAGCCGCGUGCCGGGGGAGAAGGAGAAGGUGGAGCGGUGCGUUAAGAACAUGGUCAUUCGCGCGCUGGAGAUGGAGGGCACAUGUACGGGCGAGCAUGGGGUGGGGAUGGGGAAGAAGGAUGCGUUGAGGAUGGAGGUGGGGGAGGAGACGAUUGGGGUUAUGAAGAGUAUUAAGUUGAGUCUAGAUCCGUAUUGGAUUAUGAAUCCGGGGAAGAUUAUGGACGUGCCGGGCUCUCCGUGAGCUGGGCUGGUAGGUGUGAAUGGGUAUCUUAGGAGGUUAUUGUCAUUUGCAUUUUUUUGAAGGUUCUAUAGUGAGGGAUAGAGUACAAUUAAAGUAGAGAAGAC